UUGGGUAGUUGGCCGUGCGCACGUAACACGUUGUGGAUCAGAUUUGCCUCGUUCCGACCCCAUUCUGCAGUCUGUGGUGCUGUGCCGUCUCUUUCACUCUCCCAUACCAUUCGAGGUGUAUCGCCAUCAAACACCGACUGAGCGUCUUUAAGUAACAGCACGAGCAAUUGGAAACAUAACAGCAUACAACUUCCUACGCUUACUUGGGAGAGGAUCAUGCAGUGUGGAGUUGAAACGAUGAAUGAAUGCGAACGAUCACCGGGCCGCACGGGACUGCGAGUGAAUUUUACUGAAAAAGGAGAGGUUAAGGAGCGUCGCGAAAAGUUCUUGACCGCCAAGUACGGUUCGCACCAGAUGAGUCUUAUACGGAAACGUUUGGCGGUAGAAAUGUGGCUAUACGAUGAGCUGCAGAAAUUGUUCGAUCCUCCAACGGAAGCCAUUGACGUGGAUAUCGAUGAAAUUCUAGACAUGGACACGGAUGACAUAAGACGAUCGCAUCUUUUUAGCCUGUUGUCUACAUGCAAACGACCACCUCAAGAUAUAUCGAAAUUUAUUAGUGAUCUGUUGGACCGAGCCAAAACACUUUGAGCUGGACUGGUCAUUUCUGUUUAAAAGUGAUGUUGAUUUAGUUUAAGUAUUACCAUUAUUCGACACGAUACUACCAGUACCACCCAGAGGCAGCAGCAACUGCAGCAAGCAAUAGUGGACAUCGUCGGGUUAUCGUUUCUUUGACUAAAACCGUUUUUGAGCCUCGAAAUCUACCAACAUCAACAAACUCUUUAUCCUUGCCUACGUUGUAAAAUCGAAUACUCCUUCCAAGCAUUUAAAAUUAUGUUUUAAAUGAAAAGAAAAUACACACAACUAUAGUUUCUGCGAAUCUCUAAGGUGGUAGGGUGUAGUCCGAUUAGGCAUUAAAACCUAUAAGUAUAUCUCACAGUAGCGUACCUCAGUGUAGAGAGACAGACUGAGUGAAGGUAAACGGACAAGAAACAGUGGCGAAGGCAGAGGGAAGAUUAACAUUUUCUCCAAAGAAUACCUUAAUCGACUCACGAACAAAAAGCUGAUCUUGCACCAGGCACUGGCAUCUAGUACAAUGCUGGGUUCUGCGUGAUAGAUCAUAACAAAGUUUGUACAUGGAAGUGAAUAGCGUGCGUAUGUAAGCGAUAAUAUGAGAGAUGAAAACGAGAACUUUAUUUGGAGACGAUGUAGUGAUAAAACCAUGUCUGUAGGUUAUGAAAAACGAUACAAAUUAAGAAAUAAGUUAAUAUUAUCGUCCUAAUAUCACUUUUCGAAGUAAGUUUGUUUUCACAAAGCAAUAAUUUUAUUUGUCGUUGACCUUUUCCAUAUGGGUUUUUAACUUUUACAAUAUCCACUGGCCACAAAACUUCUGAUUGUACACUGCCAGCAACAUAAAAUGUUUAUGAAGAUUCAGACAAAUGGUGAACAAACGACCGAACACUUUAUUUCUACUCAUUGUUUGCUAGUACGCGUUCCACACCGAAUAGAAGGUCUUCAUGAUUAUCAUACAUGGAAAUUGCUCAAUAAAAUGCCGAAAGCAUGAAGUAUUACUGAGUCGACUUAAAAAAAAACGCUGGAAAGGUUCUAUUUUUGAAUUCGUUUGACGGAUAGUUUUCACGAUUUAUGGUCUAUGAUCAUAAAUCAUUCAACGUUACAUACGCCAAGACGGAAUGUAGAAUAGCAAACAAAUGUUCUGUACAAUUUGAUAAAGGAUGUAGUGAAAAAAGGAUUGGCACUAUGCUGGAGGUGAAAUUUCACAUUUACUAAACGGAAAAUGCAGUAGUAUGGCAUAUGCCACAGAAUAAAAUACAGCGUAGUAAAGAGUUUUACUUUGAUGAUAUGUAUCUUGUAACCGCAAAGUGUACGACGUUGCUUAAACAUUCUGAACCAGCUAAGAUGGUUUUCGUUUUAACAGAUUAUAAGAAAUCAAUUGUCCAAAAUUGUGAUUGGGCAACACAAUCGAUCCUUCUUUUGAUAUCAUAAAGGGCACGUGUUCCCAUCACAUCAGUUAUCGUUGGACGUAAACAAUCUAUUUGGUCAUUUUCAUGUCUAGAACUAAGCACUGUUUCUCGCUUGCAAAUAUUGGUAUGAUCAUUGUGGCUGCAGUAAUCGUUGAAAAUUGAAAAACGGACUAUUAUUUCAUUCCAGGAUACUUCUUGCUCCUUUCUGUUUAGAAACCGUAUAUGGUGCUAUUAUAUACUUUUCACCCUACACUUUACUCCCAGUUUCUAGUUGCUACGCAAGCUAUAUCAAAGAAUAAUAUCUUUUAUCGAGCAAUAAGUUAGUUAAAGUGGGAAACGUGAACCUUUAACAAAUUCUGAAGACGGACUGCUCUGAGUA